UUUAAAAAACAACAACAAACCCACAGAGUGAACUGGUCAAGCUGGUAGACUUUUGAUAACUUUGAUCAGUUAUUUUCCAGUUUACUUAUUACUCAAUGAAAUUGAUCAGCAAAUGUUUGAGAAUGUUUGAGAUUUUCUAAAUGCCAAGCUGUUAUUUAGGCUCUGUAACACUGGUCAUGGUAAUUCAGAAACUGUUUCCUUUCUACCAGCAUUUACCAGUUGCUCAUGAUGGUCUACCGGUUUGGGGUUUUGCUAGCUGCUCAGACGAAUGACAUUUUAUUCCUCUUUUCUUUCUUUUUUAAAAUUUUUUCUUCUUCUUUUUUUUUUUUUUUUUAAUUUUUUUUUUUAAAUUUUUUUUUUUUAGAUUUAGAGUUUGGAUGUAGCCAUUCAUUGAUACAUUAAUUGCUGUCUGUACUGGAGGCAGUAAAAGUCGAGGUAGAUGAGCUUCAUGCACAGAGGACUGGGAGGAUUUCUUCAAUAAGGCGGGGUCUGUGGUGUCCCGCGUGCGCGCGCUGUUGAAGAGAGGAGAUGCCGCUGAACACUUCACCUCCACCACGUUCACUUCACUAUACUCCUACACCUUCACACGCACAUCGCUCUCCUGUGGACACAGCCUUCCUGCUUCGCUAAUCCUCGAUCAAACCAUUUUCUUUAUUAUUAUUAUUAUUAUUAUUAUUAUUAUUAUGCUUGUAAGAAAUGUUUUUGCUGUAUUUAUUUUUUAAGAAAUAAACGAUGCCCUGACCCAGAAUAGCUGCUGAUGUAGAAAUUAUGGCACGUCAGCAGUCGCUGUUAGUCUGUUUUCCGUAUUCCAGUCGAUGAAAAAGGAAACUGUGGGUUUUUACCCCUUCGAGAUUUGGACAGACCAGAACCCAAGACAACAUGGAGACAUUCACUAUACAUGACAUGCUCAUUAACAGCACGGAUAUUUAUAAAAUAUUGUGUGAAUUCGCCUUCAGGAACAUAUCCGAGUGCGAGAACGCCAGCGACCCGGGAACACACGCGCUAACGCCGGAGCCUAAAGAUAUAAACCAGACGGUGCGGAUCAUUCUCUACUGUGUGAUCUUCCUGCUGAGUGUUCUGGGGAAUAGCCUGAUCAUCGCAGUCCUGGUGAGGAAUCGGCGCAUGCGAACCGUCACCAAUCUCUUCCUGCUCUCUCUGGCAGUCAGUGACCUGAUGCUGUGUAUGUUCUGCAUGCCCUUCACCCUCAUUCCCAACCUGAUGAAGAACUUUGUCUUCGGCAGCGGCAUCUGUAAAGUGGCCACCUACUUCAUGGGUAUCUCAGUAAGCGUGUCCACCUUCAACCUGGUGGCCAUCUCUCUGGAGCGCUACAGUGCCAUCUGCAAUCCACUAACGUCACGCACAUGGCAGACCAAAUCUCACGCCGCCAAGGUGAUCAGUGCCACAUGGCUGCUUUCCUUCCUGCUCAUGGUGCCGUACCCAAUCUCCAGCACGCUCGUGCCCUACCGCCGCACCAACAACAGCACGGGCAACAUGUGCCGCCACAUCUGGCCCAGCGACAUCAUCCAGCAGUCAUGGUAUGUGUUCCUGUUAUUGAUCCUCAUCCUGGUGCCAGGAAUUGUGAUGAUGACAGCAUAUGGGCUAAUCUCUGUCGAGCUGUACAGAGGAAUCAAGUUUGAAAUGGCUAACAGAAAGGCAAGCCAAGAGAGACAGAGCAGCACAGGAAGCCUGAAGCCCAGCGAGUGUGACGGCUGCUAUCUUCAACCCUCCAAGAAGAAGCGCUCAGAUGCAUCCACCAAUCAGCAAUCGACACUACUUGCUUCCAGCAGCAAACCCAAGCUGAACCGUGUGUACAGCAACAGCCCUACAGCCAACCUGAUGGCAAAGAAGCGCGUGAUCCGCAUGCUGUUGGUCAUCGUGGUGCUCUUCUUCCUCUGCUGGACACCCGUGUUUGCGGCAAACGCCUGGCGGGCAUUUGACAAGCGCUCGGCUGACCGCCUGCUCUCUGGAGCCCCCAUCUCCUUCAUCCACCUGCUCUCGUACACCUCAGCAUGCGUCAACCCCAUCAUCUACUGCUUCAUGAAUAAGCGCUUUCGUCAAGGCAUGCUAGCCACCUUCUCCUGCUGCACAGGGCACGUGGAUAGAGAGGGCCGGGGCAGUGGGCGCCUCAGCGCCGGUGGAGGAGGAGGAGGCGGUGCACUUGGAACUCUGGGAUGCGCUGGAGCAGGAGGGAAGGAGAACACGCAGUCCAGCGGGACGCUCACCAGGUUGACGUACAGCAGCGUCCGCGGGUCAGCACAAGCAUAGCAGAGUGAAAAGAAGUAGGUUUGUGCUUGUGGGUUCACUCGGAGAACUUUCGGACUGCUGGAUUCCUUUCAUGAUCAUCUGUGAUGUUUCCUUCAAAGAUUUGCAAAAUUGGUACGUGAGGAAAAACAGUUGCCUACUUAUUUAUAAUGUUUCUGAAGAGGAGCCUCUUUCUUUGUAUUACUCUCAAUCCAGGCAGCUCGUUUUCUAACUCUGGACUUUUCCUAGGAGUAUUAGCUGAAAACGAAACCGCUCACUGAUAUACGAGACAUUAAGUCUGCAUGCACUGGUGGGUGAGAAUAUUCAGAGACUCGUGUUAAAAGUGUUUAAAUUCGAAAUUCAUGUCACUGGUGAGUAAACAGACACAUCAAAUGGAGCAUGACUGUGCAUGGCUUGAGAGUCGCUUUAGUCUGCAUUAGGCCACUGACUCGUGUACGAGCCUUUAAUGAAACACAGGAGUUCCUGGUCCAUCUACAAUCAUACAGACGGGGAGAGAGAGAGAGAGAGAGAGAGAGAGAGAGAGAGAGAGAGAGAGAAUGAAAGAGAGCAAGAGAGAUGGGGAGAGAGGGAGAGAGUGUGUGAGAGAGAGAGAGAGAGGGAGAUGGGGAGAGAGGGAGAGUGUGUUUAUCUGUUCAUCAGUACAGUUUUAUGCUCUGUGUAGUAGGAUGCAGUAUUGCACCUUAUUGUGUUAUGUUAUGUGGAGAAAGUUAUAAUACUUUCCUCAGCUCCAGUGGAUGAAUAAACUAGAUAAGUCUGAUAAAGUAACUCCAUGCCAUACUCAGAGAGAGAGAAAAAAACAAUACAGAUGAUUUCAUCCGUG